CCUGAGGGGGAGCUGGGCCCGAGGCCGCCGCCGCCAUGCAGGAAAUAAUCGCCAGCGUGGAUCACAUCAAGUUCGACUUGGCAAUCGCCGUGGAGCAGCAGCUCGGGGCGCAGCCGCUGCCCUUCCCCGGCAUGGAUAAGUCGGGGACUGCUGUCUGUGAAUUCUUUUUGAAAGCGGCCUGUGGCAAAGUGCACAUGUGCCCAUUCCGCCACAUUAGUGGUGAGAAGACAGUUGUGUGCAAACACUGGCUGAGAGGACUGUGCAAGAAAGGGGACCAGUGUGAGUUCUUGCACGAAUACGACAUGACCAAGAUGCCAGAGUGCUACUUUUACUCCAAGUUCGGGGAGUGCAGCAACAAGGAGUGCCCCUUCCUGCACAUCGACCCUGAAUCCAAGAUAAAGGACUGCCCUUGGUAUGACCGUGGCUUCUGUAAGCAUGGUCCCCUUUGCAGGCAUCGGCGAACCCGGAGAGUCAUUUGUGUGAACUACCUUGUUGGAUUCUGCCCUGAGGGACCAUCAUGUAAAUUCAUGCACCCUCGAUUUGAACUGCCCAUGGGAACCACUGAGCAACCCCCACUACCACAGCAGACACAGCCUCCAACAAAGAGAGCCCCGCAGGUCAUUGGGGUCAUGCAGAGUCAAAACAGCAGUGCAGGCAACCGGGGACCCCGGCCGCUGGAGCAAGUCACUUGCUACAAGUGUGGUGAAAAAGGACACUACGCCAACAGAUGCACCAAAGGGCACUUGGCCUUUCUCAGUGGACAGUGACAGCAGCAACAGCAGCAGCUGGCAUCACUGUGGAGCAGCCUGAGGGCCCGCUGUUGGGAGCAUGCACUUAGCUGCUGAAUGUAGGACUGGCAGGACUCCGGCUGGAGCUGCAGGCAUACCUGUCAGGGCUCACUCCGAGGGCCAUGUCUGUCCUUUGGUUUUGCUAUAAUUUUUUAAAAGAAGGACCAUGUGCUUCAGGUGGGUCCCCUGAGCCAGAGUUUGCCUGGACAUCAGUGCCUCGUUUUUUAUUUUAUGAGUUAUUUUUCUGGACUUCCUGCACAGUGCCCUGUUGGGGAGAGAGAAGCUGGGAGGCCUAUGCAUGGUCCUGGGUGGAAGACAGCUGGCCAUUCCCCUCAGGGCCUCAUUGAAACACCAGCACCUAAAGAGGAUGGGUGGGUCAUGUGGGGCUGUGGCCGGGUCAGCCUGCUUUCUCCAUGUCCUGCUGACGUCUGAAGCUGUGCCUAUGAAUGUGGUUUGAACAAGGGAGCCCUUCCUGACAAACGUAGAGCACCCUCUGCCUGGCCUGGCCCUCACUGUGGGAGAGGCGCCAGGCUCCCCAGGCUGAGCUGCUUUUCUGGGCUUGCUUGUGGGGCACCUAUGUGACAGUGCUUCAUUCAAGUGCCCCUUUGGCCAGUGCUGGAGACCACCUUUAAAUAGCUGACCCAGUUGAUCUGCGCCUACCUCCUGCCCAGCAAGCUCCAUGCUGCCACUCAGACACCUGUGGCAUGCAGAGGCCGCCCAUCCUUGAGCCUAGAAAAUGUGAACCCAUCACCUGCAACCUGCUGGGCAAGUGGGCCUAUCCAAGUUCAGUUAUGAGAAUACUUUGAUUAAAAAGCUUGUUUAAAAAAAAAAAAAAAAAA